GAGGCAGGCGCUCCUUUGCCGGGCUGCAGCCAUGGAGAACGCGCACACCAAGACCGUGGAGGAAGUCCUGGGCUAUUUCGGGGUCAACGAGAGCACCGGGCUGAGCUUGGAGCAAGUCAAGAAGCUCAAGGAGAGAUGGGGCGCCAACGAACUACCAGCUGAAGAAGGAAAAACUUUACUUGAGCUUGUGAUCGAACAGUUUGAAGAUUUAUUAGUUAGAAUUUUGUUGUUGGCAGCAUGUAUAUCUUUUGUGUUGGCCUGGUUUGAAGAAGGUGAAGAAACAAUCACAGCCUUUGUAGAGCCUUUUGUAAUCUUACUCAUAUUAGUAGCCAAUGCAAUUGUGGGUGUGUGGCAGGAGAGAAAUGCUGAAAAUGCCAUUGAAGCUCUUAAAGAAUAUGAACCCGAAAUGGGUAAAGUUUACCGGCAAGACAGGAAAAGUGUACAAAGGAUAAAAGCAAGAGAUAUUAUCCCUGGUGAUAUCGUAGAAGUAGCUGUUGGUGACAAGGUUCCUGCUGACAUAAGAAUUACUUCUAUUAAAUCCACAACUCUAAGGGUAGACCAGUCGAUUCUCACAGGUGAAUCUGUGUCGGUAAUUAAGCACACGGACCCUGUACCUGAUCCCCGUGCAGUGAACCAAGACAAGAAGAACAUGCUCUUUUCUGGUACAAAUAUUGCUGCAGGCAAAGCCAUGGGUGUGGUUGUGGCAACUGGUGUGAACACCGAAAUCGGCAAAAUUCGUGAUGAAAUGGUGGCUACUGAGCAGGAACGGACUCCACUCCAGCAGAAGCUGGAUGAAUUUGGAGAGCAGCUGUCGAAGGUCAUCUCGCUUAUUUGCAUUGCUGUGUGGAUAAUCAACAUUGGCCACUUCAACGAUCCGGUCCAUGGGGGCUCCUGGAUCCGGGGUGCCAUCUACUACUUCAAAAUCGCCGUUGCCCUUGCUGUGGCUGCAAUCCCAGAAGGCCUGCCUGCCGUCAUUACCACCUGCUUGGCUCUGGGCACACGCCGAAUGGCCAAGAAGAAUGCUAUUGUUCGGAGCCUGCCAUCUGUGGAAACCCUGGGCUGCACGUCUGUGAUCUGUUCAGACAAGACAGGGACGCUGACCACUAACCAGAUGUCAGUUUGCAGGAUGUUCGUUGUGGAUCGAGUGGAAGGGGAUAGCUGUUCUCUGAAUGAAUUCACCGUGUCCGGCUCAACGUAUGCUCCCUUGGGAGACGUGCAUAAAGAUGACAAACUUGUCAAAUGUUGUCAGUAUGAUGGCCUUAUAGAAUUGGCAACUAUCUGUGCCCUUUGCAACGAUUCUUCUCUGGAUUUCAAUGAGACUAAAGGAGUGUAUGAGAAGGUUGGUGAAGCUACAGAGACGGCGCUGACUUGUCUGGUUGAGAAGAUGAACGUGUUUGACACAGAGUUGAAAGGGCUGUCCAAAAUUGAGCGGGCCAACGCGUGCAACUCGGUGAUAAAGCAACUCAUGAGGAAAGAGUUCACCCUUGAAUUCUCCAGGGACAGGAAGUCCAUGUCAGUGUACUGCAUUCCCAACAAGCCCAGUCGGACUGCCAUGACCAAGAUGUUCGUUAAGGGUGCUCCUGAGGGUGUAAUUGACAGGUGUACGCACAUCCGGGCUGGAAACACUAAAGUGCCAUUGACACCAGGAAUUAAGCAGAAGAUCUUGAGUGUCAUCCGAGAGUGGGGUACAGGCAGAGACACUCUGCGUUGUCUGGCUCUGGCUACCCAUGACAAUCCACCAAGAAGGGAAGACAUGAAGCUGGAGGAGUCUGCGAACUUCAUUACUUAUGAGACCAAUUUGACCUUUGUGGGUUGUGUGGGGAUGCUGGAUCCUCCACGGAUUGAAGUGGCGUCAUCCAUAAAGUUAUGCCGGCAAGCUGGCAUUCGCGUGAUUAUGAUCACCGGAGACAACAAGGGGACUGCCGUGGCCAUCUGUCGUCGCAUCGGCAUUUUUGGGGAAGACGAGGAUGUCACCACAAAAGCCUUCACUGGUCGCGAGUUUGAUGAACUUUCCCCAGCAGCCCAGAGAGAUGCCUGCCUAAACGCUCGCUGCUUUGCCCGUGUGGAACCUUCCCAUAAGUCUAAGAUUGUUGAAUUUCUCCAGGCCUUUGAUGAAAUUACAGCAAUGACGGGAGAUGGUGUAAACGAUGCCCCAGCCUUGAAGAAAGCAGAAAUUGGGAUUGCUAUGGGAUCGGGCACUGCCGUGGCAAAGUCCGCUUCAGAAAUGGUGCUGGCAGACGACAACUUCUCGACCAUUGUAGCCGCUGUGGAAGAGGGCCGUGCAAUCUACAAUAACAUGAAACAGUUCAUUCGCUACCUCAUCUCCUCCAACGUGGGAGAGGUUGUCUGCAUCUUCCUGACGGCUGCUCUGGGCUUCCCUGAAGCUUUAAUCCCUGUCCAGCUGCUGUGGGUAAACCUUGUGACGGACGGGCUUCCUGCAACGGCGCUGGGCUUCAACCCUCCGGACCUGGACAUCAUGAACAAACCACCCCGCAAUCCCAAAGAGCCCCUCAUCUCGGGGUGGCUCUUCUUCCGUUACUUGGCAAUUGGCUGCUAUGUGGGAGCCGCGACAGUCGGUGCUGCUGCUUGGUGGUUCAUUGCUGCUGAUGGUGGCCCGAGAAUUACCUACUACCAGCUGAGCCAUUUCCUGCAGUGCAAAGAUGAAAACCUGGAGUUUGAAGGCGUCGACUGUGUGGUCUUUGAGUCUCCGUAUCCUAUGACGAUGGCACUUUCUGUCUUGGUGACUAUAGAGAUGUGUAACGCUCUUAACAGCCUAUCUGAAAACCAGUCCUUGCUGAGGAUGCCUCCGUGGGAGAAUGUCUGGCUGCUGGGCUCCAUCUGCUUGUCCAUGUCCCUUCACUUCCUCAUCCUUUACGUGGAGCCACUGCCACUGAUCUUCCAAAUCACACCUCUGAACCUGACCCAGUGGCUGAUGGUGUUGAAGAUCUCGCUGCCCGUCAUCCUGCUGGACGAAACACUUAAAUUUGCGGCCCGUAACUACCUAGAGCCUGGUAAAGACGGUGCGCCGCCUGCCACCAAACCACGUUCUUUGUCCGCGUGCACCGAAGGGAUUUCCUGGCCGUUUGUGCUCAUUACCUUUCCCUUGAUUAUCUGGCUGUAUAGCACAGACACUAACUUUAGUGACAUGUUCUGGUCUUGACCAGAAGUGAUAAUAGUUUGACAGAGAUGUUUAACUUAAUCAGUUUUUUUUUAUGGUUUCAAGCAAUUGUCUUAUUCUGCUGAAUUUUCACAUGAACAUAUUUGCCGGUGACUGAGGUUCCAUAUUCUAGACUUUUUUGGGGUUUUUUUGUUUUUCUUUCCCCUGACUCCAGUGGGGGUGUAGUAUUCCCCCGCCUCCCCCCGUUUUAUACACAACUAGGGUGUCCAUUGACAUGUACAGAGAAAUUAACACUAUUUUAUGCAAAUAUUUUUUGUAGAGAAGCAUGUACAGUGUUCUGUUUAAUAGUCAAUUCAUCCUUGUAAAAACAAUACAAAAAGGCGUUUUGUGGGGGGUGGGGUGGAGGGAGGGAGGGAGUGCCAGUGGACACGAUAUUGAGCAAACUGUAAUUGGUAGCAGAUUUUAGGGAAUGAAUGUUCUUGUGUGUAUUUUUCUUAAACUAAAAGCAUGCAACUGUUUGUGUCUUCUGCAUGGUCAUCUAACCUUAAUUUGUCAUUUAGUUGGUUUUUUUCUGCACUGGGCAGAUAAUACUGCUACCUCAGUAUCUUUCCUUCUCCCCCCCACCUUUUUUUUUUUUUAAAAAAAUCCUUUCUGAUAUUUUUAGGUUUCAACUAAAACUUGUUUACGCCUGUCUUUGAGGGGUAUGCCUGUUCUUGCUGGUGCAGAAAAUACCAUUCCGGGGUAACCUGUUAGUGUUUCCCCACCCCACCCCAUCCCCACCCCCUCAACACAUAGUUUUUUUAAAACAAAAACAAAUUAUUUAUUUAAAUAUCUUAUGUAUUUUUAUUGUAACAGCAUUGUUUCACCAGCAUUACCCAAUUUGGGAGGGUGGGGAGGAGCAGAAGAGGGAGGAGGCUGCCUCGAUGGAUUUCAAGCAAGGAGCAUACUUUUUUUAAUUGAGAAAAAUCUGUUUUUCAUUUUACUUUAUACCCUAGGAAGCUGUUGAAUUUCAUUAUAAUUAAUUAGCAGGGUCCAUUUGUCAGAUUUUUGUGUUCCUUUUUUCUUUUCUUUUUCUUAAUAAAAUGGGGGCAUUGAUAAUGGGAUUUGGAAACAAACCACUCAUUUUGCACAGCUGGAGUUCUUGCUGGCUUUUGUUUGUUAGACCUCUAACUUUCGGUGCCACAUCUUGGGACGUAACCUGCUGGCCACAUCUUAUCCUGAAGUGGAAAUGUAACAAAUUGUGUGUGUGUGUAUGUGUGUGUGUUUUGUAAAAUCUGUAAAUACCACAUGACCAAAUGAACAUAUUGUAUAGAACUAUUUUUAUUUUUAAUGUGGCACUAACCACCGUCAUUCUCUUGCGAUCAAUGUUGGCGCAUGACGUCGUGUUUCCCCUCCAAUUUGAGUCCUGUACCAACGCUGUGUAAGUUCAUUAACAGUCCUAACUGUGUGGUGUUUCUCUCCAAUGCCUUCCAACAUUCAUCGACUGAAGUGAGUAUCUCUCUUCCAUUUCACCAUUUCAGUGGUGAUGUGCUGUGUAAAAGAAAAAAGAAAAAAAAGAUAGCCUCUGCUGUAUACAUGUCAAAAAUAAAUGCUAAUUUUUCCUUCA